AUGGCAUCCGGUCAAUGGUCGGAAUGGGCUCUUCAUCCCUCGGGCUUACAUUACUACCGAGCCCAAGACCUCCCAUAUGAAAUCGCGGCACGAGUCGUGCCAAGCGCACGCAACUCAAUCGUGGUAGACGCGCUGGGUCGAUACAUCCACUACGAGUUCAUGGGCAUCAACGAGGUCACCAUGAGGCACUAUUACCCUCCUCCGGCCGUGCAACCCUUUGUGUCCCUACCAGCCACCAACAGCGCCGUUGUUCCACAACAGCACCUCCAAGUUCCUGAGCUUGACGACGACGGAGAAUCAAGGUGCUCAGGCGUGAGCGGUGAAGCCAGUGGCGGCCAACAGCCAAUCAUCGACAUAGAUACGACAUCAGACGGGCUCAAAUUUAGUUUCUCCGAUGCCUCCGAGGACCAUCCAAUCGUACUGGACAAGAAAACCCGGAAGCGGCUGGAAGCCGAGAAGAAGAGGCGGGUGAAUACGAAAGCCAAGGUCGACACGUGGCUGACAUACUAG